AUGUCGAACAAGGAAACGGCGAAGGAAGCAACGAAAGGUUUCGCGAAAUUGGACAAGUUUGCUGGCCAGGAUUUCAGACGCUGGCAAAAGAAAAUGCAUUUCAUGUUGACGAAUCUGAAGGUCGUGUAUGUUCUGAGUACUCCCAUGCCCGAGGCUGUUGAGAAUGAAACCCUGGAACAAACAAGGAGGGGGAUGAAGUGGGAAAACGACGACUACAUAUGUCGUGGUCACAUUUUAAACGGUAUGUCUGAUUCUUUAUUUGAUAUGUAUCAAAACGUAGAGUCUGCUAAAGAGUUGUGGGAUUCCCUCGAAGCCAAAUAUAUGGCAGAAGAUGCCUCUAGCAAGAAAUUUCUUGUUGGGAACUUCAUUAAUUAUAAAAUGGUUGAUUCGAGGCCUGUCAUGGAACAAUACAAUGAAUUUUUGAGGAUAUUGGGACAGUUUUCCCAAUAUGAUACAAAAAUGGAUGAAUCCAUUUCUGUUUCUAGCAUUAUCGAUAAACUGCCACCCUCCUGGAAAGAUUUUAAAAAUAAUCUGAAACAUAAGAGGAGGAGUUGA